GGAAGGGAAGAAGGAAGAAAGGACAGGGAAGGGAAAGGAUGGGAAGAAGGAAAGGGGAGAGAAGGGAAGGGAAAGGAAGAACAAAAGGAAGAAAAGGAGGGAUGGAAGGAGGAAGGAAGGAAAGGAGGAAAGAAGAAGGAAGCAAAUUAAACAGAAAGGAGAGAAAUAAAGGAAGCAAGAAGUGAGGGAGAAAAGCACUCAGGAGAGGUGAAAAGGGAGAGGAAAAAGAAGGAAGGAGAAGAAUGGAGAGAGGAGAAAGGGGAAAGGAAGAAAAAGAAAACAAGUAGAAAUCUACUUAAAUAUAGUGGAGAGUGACACACAGACAUACACAAAAGGCAGGGACUUUCUAGAGAAGAGUCUACAUUCAGAAAAAAGAAUGGCAAGGUUGAUUUUCCCAUACUGUAUGGCUUUUAGCCUGGAAGAGAUUACAAUAACAGCAUUCACAGUGGCUAAAACUCUGCUAGGAACCCCAGAAUUAUUCUGGGCAGUUGUAGCAGAGAUUUCAAGAUGGGAAGGAAACGGAAAGGAGGAGUGGCCCCAAAUUCUAUAUAUUAACUAUGCAAAUUUCUGGCUGAAGAGUGUGUGUGUGUGUGUGUGUGUGUGUGUGUGUGUGUGUGUGUGAGAGAGAGAGAGUCAGACUUCAAGCAACAUAGCUGAACUGAGAUUUUGAAUUGCCACUCAUGAAAUGGGGUUUGAAGUUUGAAUCUUGUUAAAUCAAUUGCCUGUUAAAACAAGCAAACAACAGUGAUGCUUUUCAGGGACCAUAACAAAACCUAAAGAUGACCUAUAUUUACAAUGACAAGCAUGCAAUCCAAAAUUACUUGACAUAUGAGGAAAUAAGAAGUUGUCACUCAUUAUCAAAAUAAAAGACAACAGAAUUCAAUCUAUAGAUGACUGAGGUAUUAGAACUGUGAGAAAAGAAUUUUAAAAUAAUCACCAAUUUUGUUAAAUUACAUGAAGAAAAAAUGUUUAUAAUGAAUGAAAAGGUAGGAAUCUCAGCAGAGAAAUGGAAUGGAAAAGAAUGUAAUGAAAAUUUCAGAAAAGUUUAGUACCUAUAUUUUUAAGAAAAAGUAUAGAAAGGGCUUAGCAGGAAAAUGGGGGUGACAAAGUAAGUAGUAAACUCGAAGAUGGGGUCAUGGCAAUGAUCUAAUCUGAAGAAAAAAGAAAAAAAUCAAAGAAUGACCACAGCCUUAAGGACUGUGAGACAAAAACAGGUCCAAUUUACUGAAGAACCAGAGAAAAUGAGGUAAAAAUAUUCAAAUAAAUAAUAAAUGCAAAGUUAUCAAAUUGCUGAAAACAGUAGAUGUACAGAUAUGACAAUCUCAGUGAAACUCAAGCAGUACAAAUUCAAAGACAAGCAUGUCUAAGAACACAGUAGUCAUACUGUCUGAAACCCAAAAAGAGAAGACAUAUCUGAGAGUAGCAAGAAGAAAACAGUACAUUACACGUGAGAGACCAUGGUUAGUUAACAAAUGACUUCUCAUUAUAAAUUAUGGAUGCCAGAAGACAUUGGCAUAACAUACCAAAAGUGCUUGAAGAGAAAAAAAUGAACUAAGAAUUUUUAUCUGGCAAAGCUAUCUCUUAACAAUAAAGACAAAGCACUUUUUUCAUUUUUAAAAACUGGGAGCAUUUGUCAUAAGUACAUUUGUAAUAUAACAAAUGCUAACGGAUGUUUUUGGCCUAGGGAAAAUAAUGGCAUAAGAAAAUUUGGACCACUAGGAAGGAAUAGAGAACACCAGAAACAGUAAAUAUAUAAAACUAUUUUCACAGUCUGUGAAGCAAAACUGUAGUUUUUAGAAUUGCACAACAAAGAUAUAGAUAGAUAGAUACACACAUACACACACACACACACGUAAUCCAUGUGACAACUACAUCAGGAAGGACGAGGAGAGGGAAAUAGACCUAUAUGAUUGAAGAGUUUCUGUAUUUUAUGUGGCAUGAAACAUUAUUAAUGUUAACUAGCCUGAGAAAAGCUAUGGGUAUAUAUUGUAAUCUCUAGAGCAACUACUAAAACGUUGACAAGAACUCAAAUGUCUUAAUAUUUAUUUUUAAAACCAUGACUGUUACCUCGAUCAAAUCUAAACAAGCGAAUCCAUUUAGUUCCAAUGGAAUAAUCAUUGAAUUGCACUCUUAAUGAAAUCCUUUUGCAUUCUUUUCAGUAUAUUCUGUGUGUGUAUCAGUGAAUCGUAUGACAGAAAUUGCAAUAGUCCAAGAGGAUCUGUAAAGCACUGACUUAGUCACAGUUGUCACUAGAUCUCCAAUUUCACUUUCUUUAUAAGAGAAUGUUCUAUCACUCUUUCACAUAAAAGCACAUACAGAAGUGUGUAUCACAGUAUCGUGUAUAGCGGGACAGGCCAUAGAUGCAGUGGAUAGGCAAAAUGUGGCUGCAGUCACUGAAGUAUUAUAAUGGAGGUAGAAAUGACAAACUGGAAGUAAUGCAGCAGCAGGAACACAUCAUCAAUAUAUAACUGAGUGAAGGAAACCCAAGACAAAGAUCAGGGGUCUCUAAUACAAUACUUAAAUUAAUUAAAAAUAUAUGCACACUCAACAAAAAUACACAUCUUGCAGCAACACAUACAAGCAUUCAUUCAUUCAAACAUAUUUGAAUGACGUUGAUGUGGAAAGAGAAGGGAGUGCAGAAUGAGAUAACAGCAGAUAGAUGAUGAUAGAUAGAAACAAAAAAUGGGAGUAGCCAUGCCUAGAACAUUAAUGACAAUGAAAUAUAACACAUGAAGGUCCUGCCUCUGUUAUUCAUGAAGGUCCAUCCGAAAGAGAAAAGAAAUGGAAUUUUUUGAAUAUUUUUUUACCUUGUUCUGUAUAUCUAGAGAUUUGCUUUCAAACUACUUUUAUAACUUAAACUGCUUAACAGAUUUUGUGAAAAGCCCAUCAAAUUAUGCUGCAGAUUCUUUGCAAUUAAAACUGAAAACUUUAAGCAGAAUAUUUGCAAUGCCCAGUAUAGGCAUAGAGUCAGAUUUUUUCAGCAUCUGCACACAUUCAUAAAACCAAAUGAAAAGUCAUUCCUGGGCUUCACAAAUUUUGAUUUGCACUGCUGCCUAGCAUUCUCGGCCAGAGGCUGACAAACUAUAGCUGACCAGCCAACGGCAGCCCACCAGUUGCUUGAAUUCUCAGCUCAUGCACAGUUCGUUACAUUUUUUAAUGGUUACAUUUUAAAUACUUAUAUCAGUACUACCUUGGCCAGCAAAGCCUAAAAUAUUUACUAUCUUUUUUUUAAGUGGAAGUUUGCUAAUGCCCAAUUUAGAUUCUGGAAACAAAAAUACUUGGUAUUCUUUCCUUUACAAGACUUGUGUUCCAGAUUAGAAGAAAAGGUUUUGGAAAGUUAUUUCAGCCAAAGGAGGAAUCUGCCACUAUCUAGCAACCCUGAAGUAGAAUAUGAGGAAAUAUGCUGCUGGUUGAGUAAAAAAUAUUAAUUAGGUAGUAGACAUCAAAGGUCAUUGAAGAAUAAUUAAAGGAGUAGAUAAUAAGAUUAGCCCUGGAGUUCAAUGAUUAUGACAGAUUAUGUUCUUCAAGAUGGAUAGGACAAAAUCUGCCUUCCCACACAAUUUUCUUGCAAUGUGGCAUUGACACCUCUCCCAAUGAGAGUUCGGGUCUAUUUUGUCCCUUGAAUCCAGGCUUGCCAGGACCAUGAAGGACAUAAUACUAUGUAACUUCCAAGGCUGUUGAUAAAAGAAGAUAGAGUUUCUGCCUAGUCUUUUUGGGUGAGUUGCUCUAGAGAUCCUCCACCAUGUUGUGAGGAAGCCCCUAACAUAUGGAGAGGCCUCAAGUAGGAGUUCUACUGAACAAUCCCAGCUGACACCCAGUAUCAACUAACAAGCAUGCGAGUGGAGAAGGCUUCAAGGUAUGUUUAGCCCUAGCCACCAUUUGGCUGCAAUCCACGUGAAAGAUCCCAGGCAAGAGCCAGGAGAGAUAAUAACUAAUUGAGUGUUGUUGUUUAGAUCACAGAAUUUGAAGGUAGUUUUGUUGUUAUUGUUAUUGUUUUUGUUUUGUUUUUUUGUUUUUGCGUCGUAGAUAAUCAAAACAACUAUUUAUAGUCUCUCUUACUGAGGAUAUUCUAAACAUUGUUCAAAGUAUCACCAACUCAGCCCUAUACAGAGAGGCCACUGUUACAAAUGAGUACUUGGCCUGUCUGAUUUCAUAAUACCUUGGCAGCAUCAGGUAUCACUGGAAGUUGCUACCUACAACUAGUUUAUGAAGCCUCAUGAGCAGAAGGAAAUGGACGCAUUAGGAAUCUUCACAAAGCAUGACAAAUCAUAUCCAUCAAAUUGGUAAUAAACUAACUAUUUUGUCAUGUAGGUACUGCUGGAGUAAGCCAGAAUUGGAGCAAAUAAUAUAAUUCAAAACUUCUUUCCCCUAUGCAAUAAUGUAUACAUAAGUCUAACUCCUUAACAAACAAUAAUAUAGAAUUUGUUCUGAAAAAUAAGCAUAUUGCUUCAUUUAAAAUAUUGAAGCUUGCUUUCAUACAACCCUUUCUACAAAGAUAAGGCUUGAGAUAUGGAUCUGUAAUUUGGGGGUGUAAUGAAAGGAAAACAGUUGUAAUGUCAUCUUUAUUGAAUUUUCCUGAAAUGUGUCUGUCCAAAGACAGAAAAUACGUAAUAAAAUCUUUUCUAACAGUGUAAAACAAUAUUUUUGAUUUCAUGUCUGGGUUGAUAGAGUUUCUUAUGCUUGAAAUGACAUUGAAGUAAACCGCCAGAAAAGACUUUUGAAAUUUUUUUUUUUUUUAACAAGGACAAACCCAUGACAUUUUUACAAAGCCUUUGGUCUUAACCUUGGAAAUCUGACUGCUUAGGAUAAAGGCAGAGAAAAUGAGCAAGAAAGCUCUAAAGGCCAACGCCAAUGAUAAAGAGCUUUCCUAAAGAAUUGUCACUUUGGUUAUGCUGGUCUUCCUGAAUAUGAAUAAGAAAUAAAAUAACAUUUGAUGUUUGAAAUUAUGAGGUAAUCUCAAUGACGAAAAUAGAUGAGCAGGAAAAGGGAACGAAUGCCUGAUUCAUUAUAUUCAUGAAGAUGGCAAAGGUUUAUAUAGCCACUAUCUGGGAAGGAGAAAACCGUAAGACUUCCAGAUCCUCCCUGGUGAGGUGUGACUCUCGCAACAAUCACCAACAUGAACAUCGAAGCGUCGCCAUGGAAAGGGUCCCUCCUGCUGCUGCUGGUAUCAAACCUGCUUCUGUGGCAGAGUGUGACUCCCUUGCCCGUCUGUCCCGGCGGGGCUGUCAGAUGCCAGGUGACCCUUCGAGACCUCUUUGACCGCGCCGUCGUCCUGUCCCACUACAUCCAUAACCUCUCCUCAGAAAUGUUCAGCGAAUUUGAUAAACGGUAUACCCAAGGCCGGGGGUUCAUUAGCAAGGCCCUCAACAGCUGUCACACUUCUUCCCUCGCUACCCCCGAAGACAAGGAGCAAGCCCAGCAGAUCAGUCAAAAAGACUUUCUGAGCCUGAUAGUCAGCAUACUGCGAUCCUGGAAUGAGCCUCUGUACCAUCUAGUCACGGAAGUACGCGGUAUGCAAGAAGCCCCGGAGGCCAUCCUAUCCAAAGCCAUAGAGAUUGAGGAGCAAUCCAAACGGCUUCUAGAGGGCAUGGAGCUGAUACUAAGCCAGGUGUGGAUCAUAAGGAGACUCUCCCUGGCUGCCGAAAUAUCAUUUUUAGAGAAGCAAUGCAGUAACUCCCGAACUAUCGCCCAAAAUUUCCAGUGGGUGCUGUGGAAGAGCCCUCUCCUGCCCUGCUCAUGGCUAACUACCUGUAACAAGACAAGUAAGGGCUUUUCCCUGGAUUUUUUCAAACUGGAUCGGAAGAGAUGCCUCUUAGACUCUCGUGCCACAGAACUGCUGUUGUAGGGUAAGUCUGACACAUCCAUGGCUGUGCUGUCCACACACAGGUUAAGAAGGAGCAUCAUCAUUGGGAGAUGUGUUCUUCAGAAGCAGAUGCUGAGAUAAAUUUGGGCAUAUUGGGUAUUUUUUAGGGAUCAAUGCCUAUGAAUCCUUCGUGCGGGUUGGGGCCUGGGGAAACUGGCAGGAGAGAAGCCUCUCCUUUAUUUUCAACCAAGGGAGGAAUUCCAGCUCCUAGGGAGACGUAUGGGCUACUACUACAGGCUCCAAAGUUUCAGAACACUCUGGUUUCAAAAUUUUGAGGUGCCUUUGUCCAGGUUCUAUAGUUUCAAAUAGAAAAAUCUCAUUUUUCCCAACCAGGGGCUGAUGUUUACCUAACAGCCUGCCUUCGUUUGAGUAUUUUCCCUUAUCAGGAGUUGGCCACUGUUAAGCCAGGUCCUGGUCCAGCUUUUUCUUCCCUCCUAUUGUAGAAAGUGGAUUCCCUGUGAGAGACCACAGAAGUCCUCUGGCUUUCACACUUGGUUUCCAUUAGCUGUCAAUCACCUUCACCUUUUCAUUAAUUUUUUUCUGGAAGAGUGGUUUUCAAAGGAGGGUCCCAGAGCCAACAGCACCAGUAUCACAUUGAAGUUGUUAACAAUGCAAAUUCUUUGGCUCUACCUCAGACCCUCUUGAUUAGAAACAUUACGCUGGAGCCCAGAAACCUGUGUGUUUUGCCAGUGUCCAGGUGAUUUUGAUGCAUGCUAGAGUUUGAGAAUCACAGAUUUAGAAUAUCAAUAUCACGUAGCAAUAGUCAUUGGAUAUCAUGUCCUAGUUACGCAGUCCUAAUAGCUCUCAAAUGCCUGACAGAUCGUGCCAGUUGGUGCCUUCUUUUCUACUGAAAUGCUGUCCCCAGUCAGCUCUGUGGUGACUUUUAACAAUUGGAACUCUGACUUGUGCUACAUGUUGUUGGAACUCCCUGUGCCCAGAGAUUGAGCACUUUUAAAGGUAGAACUCGUAUAAGUUGGGAUUCUACCACUGGCCACUAAACAAAUUUUGACUAAUGUAUAUUAAACACCUUAUGUAUACCUGUGGGAAUGUAUUUUUUAAGCAAUGUUGAUAAUAAUCAUCUAGUACCACAUAAUUACAUAGUGCAUUGCUAUUUCAAAAGCUCUUUCCUAUGUCACUUUAUGUGAUUUUAAUGAGAAAGCCAUGAGGGGAAGGGCAAGGCUGAUUCAACUGUAGAUGCCCAUGGCUUUCUAUAUCUUUGAAUAAUAUUUUAUUUUUCUUUUAUGUCAAUUGGAAAUACGAUAAGGUUAAAUAAGGUAGAAACUUCUGGUUGUUCCUAGUAGUGUAAGAUGCUCUCAUUCUUUCAUUGCCUUUAAUUGAAACUUGCUCCUGUAAUCUCAGGAGAACUGAAGAGAUAAAGACCUGUCCUCUGACUUCCUCAGAGACCCUUCCUGCAGCAUGUGCUGUCACUAAGAUGACACAUCCAUCCACAAGGCAUAUGACAGUGUUCAAUGACAAUAUUCUCCGCAGUUACUCUGGGUGCAUACGCAGUUUCCAAGUGACACACUUGAUCCUAUCAUUCUGGCAGUACUCACAUUUAAUAGCAAUCACCGCUCUCAACUAACUGUGAUUUACAUCAGCUGUUAAGUUAGGCGAAUACAUUUUUUCAUCACACAGUUUCUGUAUUUUGCAGCUACGUUCUUGGUCUCUAGGUCUUUGAAACUGAAAUCACCAGUGUUUAUUCCUGGAGAUGUUUUGAAGCUAUUCCAACUGAUUAACGAGAAAACACUUGUUUACAUGCCUCACAAAAGACUGGUGUUAAAUUAGAUAUCAUGGUAGAGACAAGAAAAUGUAUAAAACGUGUUCUCAUUCUAAGGUGAGUUUUCCAGGUUGGGUUCCCUAAAUUCUGAGCCUGACAUGCAAAUUCUUGUGCAAGUGAUUCAUUGAGGGAAUGUUUUCAGGAGAACCCUGCAAAGGGUAAGGGAAACAAGGUGGGGCAGGGAAAGAUGAGGUUUCAGAAAACAUCUAGCCUCAGAUUUUUCCCGUGGCAAAAUCCUAGACAGUGAAUCCCACAGCGGAGUUUGUCCUACACAGAGGGGACUCCAUGAGUCAGUCAUUGGCUGUGGAUUGCUUCCAGGGUUUGAGACACAGUAUCCCCAGAUAUCUUAGGGGAGUCGAUCCCCAUCAACCAAGGGCAAUCUUCUAGAAAAGGUUGCAGGUCUGAACAUGUGCCAGCCCACACCUGCAGCAGCUGGGGAGAGGGUGCAUAAGCCUGGUAAAGGGAAAUCAAAUAGGACAACACCACCAUCACUUAGAUAAGAAAAUUAUCUGCAAUUCUAGCAAUAAUGAUGGUGAUGUUAAUAGCCGACUCUUGUACAGUGCCUAAGUUAACACUGUUUUAAGUGUUUCACAGCUAUUGAAUUAUUUAAUCCUCAAAACACCUGUGAAACAGGUCAUAUUAUUAUCCCAUUUAUAGGUGAGAAAAUUGUAAAUAGUCAUCAUCUUGGAAAUGACGUAGGACACAAGAUCUAGUCACACCAAGGCCCAGUGGAAAAUAUAACCUAGACAAUGUGUCAGUGGGGGAAAGAAUAGGCUGGACCUGGUGAUUAUUUGGAGGAUGACCUUCCAGAUAGAAGUAAACAUUAAGACUUACACUGUACUCAAGAGGAUAUCGAUAUCAAUGAUGAAAGUUUAUCACUCAUAGUGCACAGAAUACUCUCAUCAAAAGUCUAACUUCAACGAAGAUGUUGUGAGAUAAGGGUUUGGAUUCCCGUUUUAGAGAACUAAAGACUAAUUAUCAGAAUUUGUGAUCAACUUGAUGACACUCAGAAGGAGUGUCCUAGAUGGGUCUCCAGACCGGAUCUUUGCUGCCCAGAUGGGAACACUUUGAAUAGCUACCACUACAGUAGAAAAGAUUAAACGUUUGAAGACUGUAAUGGAUUGAAUCAUAUUCCCUCAAAAUUCAUGUGACUGUAUUUAGAGAUAGGGCCUUUACAAAGAUAAUUACGGUAGAUGAGGUCAGAGGAGUGAGCCCUAAUCCAAUAUGAAUGGUGUCCUGAUAAAAAGAGGAAGCAACAAUUAGGGAUGAGCUUGCCCAGAGAAAGGGCUACAUGAAAACACAGUAAGAAGGCAGUCAUCUGCAAACUGAGAGAGACCUCAGGAGAAGCUGAACUGACAGCUCAAUCUGGACUUCCAGCCUCCAGGACUGUGAAGAAAUAAACUUCUGUUGUUUACGUCAGUUGCUCUGUGCUAUUUUGUUAUGGCAUCCCUUGCUGACGAACACAGAGACCAAUGUUAAAAAGACCUGGUGACUGAAGUACUUAUCACUAAAUAUAUUGUACACACCAUUGAUCUUCAAAAGACAGCUGAUCUAUACACACAGUUCAGCCUAAUAUUACCAACUAUAUGUUAUGGCAGGGCUGCCCUAACAACGUACCACAAGCUGAGUCGCUCAAACAAUAAAAAUUAAUUUUCUUACAAUUUUGGAAGAUAGGAAUCCCAGAUAAAGGUGACAGCGGGGUAGGUUUCUCCUGAGGCCUCUCUCCUUGGCUUGCAUGUGGCCGUCCUCUUCCUCUGUCUUCACACAGUCUUCCUUCUGUGUCUGUGUCCUAGUCUCUCCUUCUUACACACUGGUCAUAUGGGAUUAAGGCCUACCCAGAUGACCUCAUGUUAACUUAAUGACCUUCUUAAAGACCCUAUCUCAAAAUACAGCUACAUUCUAAGCAACUAGGGGGUAAGGCUUCAACAUAUGAAUUUGGGAGAAAGGCACAAAUUCAGCUCAUAACACUGAUCAUUUCUUAGAAAAACUCCAAGUACCUUCUAGAUGUAACAUGUCCCUUUCCUGAGAACAUGAACUGCGGAUGUUUCCUUUGUGUAGUUAUCUUGCUUUAUACCAAGUGACUUGUCAAGAAAUCUAUAGCUGAUUGGGUAAGUGGCUCAAUCACAGGGAGUUUUAUAGAAAUAGUGUUGCCACAGAACUCUACCUAAUAACAUUGCUUUAAAUCGAGCAGGGCUAAUCAACCCAAACGUACCCUUUCUUUUUGUGAAUUUGAAUUCAUAACAUACAAAGAGAUAGAAGUAUGCGAUCCAAGACGAAGCAGAAACCGAGAUGCUGGAUCGUCAGGGUGGUGAAGUGAUAGAGCUGGGAGCCACGGAUGCCAUCUGGGCUGAAACUUGCCUCUUUGGCCUCAGAUCCAUUCUCUAUAUUUCUCCAGCACUGAUGUCUAUCACUAACUCCUGAUUAUGUUAAGCUGAUGGAAGGCACUGGUAGGAGAUGUGGCUGCAGGAAGAAGGGAAAAGCCAGCUUACUUUUCCUUCUCUUCCUGUCUCAGUUGGUGUCCCUGACAGAGGCUAUAUAACCUUAUGAUUCCAGCUCAUGCCUGAGAGCACCUCAUUUGAUAGCACAACCUCCCACCAGGCAGGCCCACCAUGGUUCAGUUUUCCUGCAGGUGGAACCGGUUUCAUCCAGUUUUCCGCCAUGCUUUGUGGUGUCUUAUAACACCACCUUCUCUCUUUGUCUUUCCAGCUCUUGGGGUGACAGCAGAGUAUUGUUGUUUCUAAUGGGACCCUCCAUUGCCUGCUGAUCUUCUUGCCUUUUCAUGGCUUGUGAAAUCAAUUCCUAUAUUAAAUUCCUUCUUCUUGAAGCAUCUAGAGAGGUUUCCUGUAUAGACUACAAUGCCAUACUUUGCUAAGGAGAUAAAUUCUAGAGUUGCUCUCUAGAAACCAACUAUUCUACCCUAAAAAAUGAUAAAGAACAUUCUGCUUUCAAUCUUUGGUAUGUGUUGCAGCAUUAGGUUUUGGAGUUUCUUUCCUUUCCCAUAGGCCCUACAGUAUUUAUUUAAGAUUUGACAUAGCCUGAACGUAUCUAUUCUUGCGACCUGAGCAUCCGGGAUAACUCAGGCAAUGACUUGUAAGGGAACGGUCUUAUUUUCUUUUAAAGGUGAAUGGUUUAAUCAGACUACCACAGACGGGUUUAAAUUAAAAGUAGACCCUAAUUGCAGUCUCCUGAUUAUUUACAUGGAAGUUUAUUCCUUUUAUCCAUUUACCAGCUGGAAUUCUUAGACUCAGCCUCAGUGGGAAGGGGAAACUCUGGUUGGAAUAUAAACACAUUUCAUGGCUUCAGUAGUAUUUCUUACUGUACAAUAGAGAUGCUCAAGGUAUUUAUUAGUUAGCCACAUUUCUUUAAGAGCCUCAGAAUUGAAUUCAAGAUAUUGCUAUGUCAGAACCAUGGAAAAAGCUAGAAUAGCUGCUUGAUCUUUUGGAAGGGAACAUGAGCAAUCUGGAGUUAAGGCAUCUAUAAUUCUUUUAAGUCCCAUAGGAGAUUCUAAUAUACUUCCAGUGGUGAGAAACACUAGUCUAUAUUGGUAGAACAAAAUAAUGUCUUUUGAUAUUUUUUCCUAAUUAUCCUCGCUGAAUGGUAGGUUUUCUUGCUCUGAGUUGAUGUGUGAUAUUAAAAGAAUAUUUCAAAGAAUAAAUGAUUUUGCAUUGUAAUAUGGUUUGGCUCUGUGUCCCCACUCAGAUCUCAUCUUGAACUGUACUCCCAUAAUUCCCAUGUGUUAUGAGAGGAACCUAGUGGGAGAUAAUUGAAUCGGGGAGCAUUUCCUCCAUACUGUUCUCCUGGUAGUGAGUAAGUCUCACGAGAUCUGGUGCUUUGAUAUGAGGAAACACAUUUCACUUGGCUCUCAUUCUCUUCUCUUGUCUGCCACCAUGUGAGAUGUGCCUUUGACCUUCUACCAUGAUUGUGAGGUCUCCCCAGCCACAUGAAACAGUUUCAAGUCCAAUAAACCUGUUUCUUUUGUAAAUUGUUCAUUCUCAGGUAUGACUUUAUCAACAGCAUGAAAACUGACGAAUACACAUUGUUUUAAAUUAAAUUCAUAUGAAUAACAUGGCAUCAGAUUGGCACAGAGUAGAAAACCACAUAAAAGAAUGUAGCAUGUUUUAUGGGAUGUCAGCAUAUGGGGCAUGCCAAGUUGAAUCCCAGACCAAAGUUAAGUCAAGAGGAAGAUAGCAGUAUGACUGUCUCAGACCGUUACAUGCCAGAAACUGCACAUCACUUGUUGCCGCACAACUGCUAUGAUUUCAACGUUCCCUCCAGAACUCAUGCUGAAAUUUAAUCCACAAUAUGGCAGUACUGAGAAGUGAAAGUCCUUAAGAGAUGAUUAGGUCAUGAGGGUAAGAUUAAUCCAUUCACGGAUUAAUGAGCUAAUGGAUUAAUGGGUUAUCAUGGGAAUGGGACCAGUGGCUUUGUAAGAGAGGAAGAGAAAUCUGAGCUAGCACACUCAGCCCCCUCACUAUGUGAUGCUCUCAAUCACCUUGGGAAUGUGAAGAGAGUCCCCACCAGCAAGAAGGCCCUCAUCCACUGUAGCCCCUUAACCUUGGAGUUCUCAGCCUCCAUAAUUUAAGAAACAAAUUCCUUUUCUUUAUAUAUUACCUAGUUUCAAGUAUUCUGUUAUAAGCAACAGAAAAUGGACUGAGAUAACCACUUAAGAAACAUCCUCAUUAAAUUUCAUGAAGGGAGUUUAUAAGUGGUGGCUUACAGCACUGUUAGCUGACAGGCACUGAAGUCAUGCUUAUUGUAACACAACUCUGCUGGGCAGGAAGGAGGACAACCCAAGCCGUCUGCUGCACAUCAUGAUGAGGGGAGUGACCAAACACUAGUUGAACAGAUGAAAUAACUGAGAGGCAGCCAAGCUGUCUGGUGGUAUAAGACUGGUGAGUAAGAAGAGCAAACAAAUCUUCCUAGGCAUGGAAUAGACAAGAAGAGCAGUGAUGACUCACUGAAAGAGCCUGUGAUUAGAUUCUCCAUCCUUGGGAAAGAUCAGGCUGUGCUAACCUGCUUUCAGAUUCAGAGAGGUGCAGCAAACCUGCAUGGAGUGGGGCUGAGAGUCCUGGUGAGGAGCUUACUGACAGAAGGGACCUGAAUACUUCCUGAAAAGCAGCACAUUCCCAGGGAAUGAGAGAAUCCAGGAUUUGGAAGUGCGGGGUUUUCUCUGCAUUUGCCAUUACCUGGUGAUAAUGACCCAACGGUGGGUUUUCACAUCAAGUUAGAUGAGUAGCGUCUUUUGGAAAAAGGAACAGCCAGGAGGCACAAGGGGAAAUGGUGCCAAGAGUGUGAGUCUGAGAUUUUUCACACAGGUUCUGUGGCCACCUAUUUUCUUAAUGUGGUCUGUUUGGAUUAUGCUCCUCUAUUGCUUUCCAUCGAUGCUUCUUUCUUACGGAGGAG